CACUCACAAAUACACAGUAUGUGGCACCAACUUCUCAGGACGUUCACACCUAUGGAAACUGGUACAGCAGAGCACAACACAGGACAGGAGAAGGGGAAGAUGGUGAAAGCAGAUGACCACAAGAGGUUCCUCGGAGGAAUGAUGCGACAUUUCCAAGCAAUUCUUGCAGCGGUGGGGCUCAUCUCAGUCAUGGCUGCAGGUUUAAAGGUGCUCAGCUGGCGACUUGGGUUCUUAGUCAUAGUCACUGGGAUAGUGAAAGAGAUUUUCAGACCAGAUAUUGGUCAAACCAUGGUCAGGACCGUGGUCACAGGAUGUAUAAACCUGGCUGGACAUUUGCCUCCAGCUGGAGGAAAGACACCUUCAUCCCUGCUAGUCUCUGAGUAUGGUGCCAUAGGAGCAGCAUUAGGUGGAGCAGUUGGUGGAGCUAUUGGGGGGGUGGUGUACACACUCUUGGGGGAGGUGCUCCCGGUCUUCGGACAGGCAAUUGGGGUCGCGCUGGGUGUAGUUUUUGGUAGGAUAUUUGGCCAGAUAUUCACCAACGAAAUCCUGAAACGGAACGCAAUAACAGACAAAGGCAUUGCAGGGCCACUAGGGGGCGCGUUAGCGGGAGGCUUUGGAGCAUUGUUUGGCUUCAUGGCAGGAGGGGUUAUUGGAGGUUUCACGGGAGCACUGUUAGGGGCUGCUGGAGGGAAAUAUUUAGGCAACUGGUUGAAGGAGACAUCCCUUGGAGGAAUGCAUCAUUUCAUCUCAGUGCUUUCAACCAUAGCCGUAGGACUUAUCACAUCCAUACGACACAUCACAACACUGUUUGGAGUCAUAGGCCUGCUUGGAAGCCUGUUGGCAAUCCUGGCCAUGAUACUAACCAAGAAACAGCAAAAAGCUACACACAACUCUACCAACAAGAAGGCAGUAGAUGACACCUCUACCAAUAAGGAGCACGUAAAAGGAAAACACAACACUGAAGAUGGGAAGAAGGAGUGGAUUAAACUAAACAACCAGAAACGUGUUUGGCAAUAUUGUGAAUUGAUGCUUUCAGCUGUGGGUCUUAUCACAAUCAUGUUAACGGGUGUAAUGGCAAUAUUGACACUCAUCACCUUGGCAGUGGUCGCAGCGGUGCUAGAACUAUUCAGGGGGGGAUAUGACUCCAAGAGUCUGACAGGAGUCGUGACAGCAGCCAAGGGCAUUAUGGGAGCUGCUGUUACAGGGUGUGGACAUCUGGCAGGGCUUUUGAAGCAAAUCGUGGGAAAGAAAGUAGUGGCCUUAGUGUUCUCGGAGUAUGAAGGAGAUGCUUGCACCAUCGGGGGAGCAAUAGGUGGAGCUGUGGGUGGAGCCAUGGGGGGGGCAGUGCUCACAUUCUUGAGCGUGAUACAUCCAGUCUUCGGGCAGUCCGUUGGCGGUGUACUAGGGGCAAUUCUUGGUUGGACAAUCAGCAAAGCGUUCACCACCGACAUCCUGACCAGGCACGGGAAAGCGGACAAUCGCCCAGCAGGGGCAGUAGGUGGCGCCAUAGGGGGGAACAUUGGGGCGUUUUUUGGCUUCUUGACGGGAGGAGUUGUUGGAGGUUUAGCUGGGGGCGUGAUUGGCAUGAUGGGAGAUACGUACCUAGGGGUCAGGAGUGACUGGUUUGAAAGAGCACGUUAGUGAAGUAAGUAUUACAGGAUUUAUUGCAAGCCACAUAUUUGUUAUGCAAGCAAUCCAACACAAAGUGCAAUAGAAUGGCCAUGCACCUUAUUAAGAGUUUAUGCACCAACAAAAUGAAUUAGGGAAUUAUAUUUUGAGGGAAGAACAUCUUUAUUGCUGCUUUAAGGAAGUUUACUGUACACAAGUUUUACAUACCAUUUCACAGUGUAGCAGAAGCAGUGGGUUGGGGGUAACUGAUGUUAAGAAUGAAUCAAUUUAAUAAUCUCCCUGAAUUAAAUGUUUUAAAGUGUACAUUCAUUAUCAAAGGUUAUUAGCAGAAUCUCAUUAAAGUGUGUGUUGUCUA